CCUCACGUAAUCUACGUCACAGACGUCUAGCUGGCGGGAGAUACAGCAGCUCUCCAAACACUAUCACGCGUCCACCUAGAGAAUUGUUCUUUUAAAGUUUGUUUCGUUUCGUUUAAAUAAUCAUUUAAUUUGUGGAAAUGAUUGGACAGAAAAGUAUCACCUCAUUUUUUUCGCCAAUAUCCAAAAAAAGAAAUCUGGACGAGAUACUUACAUGCCCAGGGGAUGCAAGAGAUCAUGUAAGUAAAAAAGGAUUUAUGCUGGAGCGAUUGGAUAUGCAUACACUUUUCGCGGGAAUUAUGAAUGAAAGUAAGGUCUUACGGGUUUGGAACAACAUGAGGGUUAAGGUUGUGAUUCUUGGCCAGGAUCCUUAUCAUGGACCUAACCAGGCUCAUGGGCUUUGCUUCAGCGUGCAGAGACCUGUGUCGCCUCCACCAAGCUUGGUGAACAUCUUUAAAGAACUGGCUUCAGACAUCGAAGGCUUUGAGCAUCCUGGUCACGGAGAUCUUACAGGAUGGGCAAAGCAAGGAGUUCUGUUGCUGAACGCUGUGCUGACUGUGCGCGCACACCAGGCCAACUCUCACAAAGACAAGGGAUGGGAGACUUUCACUGACGCUGUGAUACACUGGCUCAGCACUAACAUGCAGGGUCUUGUUUUUAUUCUCUGGGGCUCUUAUGCACAAAAGAAGGGGGCUGCCAUUGACAAGAAACGACACCAUGUUCUGCAAACAGUCCACCCCUCACCACUAUCUGCUCACCGUGGCUUCUUUGGAUGUAAACAUUUCUCAAAGACCAAUGAACUGCUGAAGAAAUCAGGAAAGAAGCCCAUUGACUGGAGAGCUUUGUAAUGGUUUCCAUUUUCUAUUGUAGAUGGAAUGCUGUCUAGCCCUGUUUCAAAAGUAACCUUUGUUUUUUGUUAAUUUCCUGCAAAAAUGAUCCAUACCUUCGUUCUGGAUACAUAUUUAUUCUUUUUCAAGAGAAGUUGUUCUGUCCAUUUUCCAUCUACUUUUUCAUGUUUUCCUUUUAGAUGUUAUUGAUGUCGUUUUAAAUGUACAACACUAACAGUGAAUAUUUGUUAUGCCUGUUAACACAAUAAACUGUUUCUCUACAGAAUGUUAUGUGCACUUUGCGUUGAUGGUCUAAUUUUAAAUAGGAGGGGUUCUAUUUUACCUACGUGUUCCAAAGCAACAUUACCGCUAAAACAAGUUCACAGAAGAACACAGUAUUUUGACAGACUUGCACAGUUGCUGUCCGCAUAGUGUUUCCAGAGCUGAAUUAUUAUUGGUGUUUCCCGGUGUUAGUGGGUGUGCUCUCGAGACAACCAAUCGCGCGCGCUUCUGUCAUCGCAACGCAACGACCGUCUUGAGUUCACCAAAUCCCUUCAAGUUACGAGUGGAAGCAUGGCGGUUAAUGCUGGGGGCGUGCGGGAAAGUCUGGCCAUUUAAAAAAAAAAAAAAAAACCUUC